UAUUAUGCAGUUAGUAUGGUUGGGAAUUGAAUCAUUUCUAAUUAUAACGUUUAGUACGAUACUCAGUAAGAAGCCUUUUAUAAAUAGAGAUGCAGGCUUCAGCUCAUUUUUGAAUGUAGAUAUACCUAUAAGAAAGCAAGAUGUAUACAAUAAUAAAGAAGAUUUUAGUACUAGUUGUAAGUUAAAUGGAAGUGCUGCUCGAGCUGAAACUACUAGCACAACACAGGGUCUUUCCAAAUUGCAAGCUCAAGAACUUGUAUUAAGAUUGAAUAGCGAAGAACGUAUUGUACUUCUUACUGCUAUACAGGAAUUUCAAUCAAAACUGGUUAAAGAGGAAUAUCAAGGUCAGCUUGCAGCAUCUCGAUGGAGAAGUAAAUAUGGAAGACCUGCAAAAUUACCUACCUUAGGAGAUGUAGAUCCUACUGGAACAUAUUGUCUUUUACCAGAGGACUGGCUUAUGAAGAAGUGUGGUACGAUUUUUUUAGAUUUGGUGCUGGGAAUUAACUUAUUGAAAAGUUUUAAUGAUUGUCAUUGUUACUGUUACAGUUAAUAAUAUGUUUAUGGCUAAUUGUUCAUUAUAAAAUAAUUUCUGCGAUUCGUAAAAAGUGUGUUAAUAACAUCGUUUCAUCAACAGGAUUUUUUAUCAGUACAUACUUCAUCAGUUGUGUCCUACUUAUAUUCUAAUACACUGCAUUUUAUUGUAAUUGCUUUUGCAAUUAUUUUUGGUGCUUUCAUUUCUUUUAUGUCAAAUUAUUUUUUUUUAUGUUUGUUGGAUAUGCUUGCAUGCUAAUUAAUUAGCUCUCCCUUACGAAAUUUACCCUAAUUUGCUGCCCUAUUUUUUCUAAAAAUGAAAGAUUAAAAGUUCUUGCUUCAUACAAUUUUUUUGAAAAUUGAA